AUGCAACACGGCAUGCAACACGGCAUGCAACACGGCAUGCAACAGGGCAUGCAACACGGCAUGCAACACGGCAUGCAGCACGGCAUGCAACACGGCAUGCAACACGGCAUGCAACACGGCAUGCAACACGUCAUGCAACACGGCAUGCAACACGGCAUGCAACACGGCAUGCAACACGGCAUGCAACACGGCAUGCAGCACGGCAUGCAACACGGCAUGCAACACGGCAUGCAGCACGGCAUGCAACACGGCAUGCAACACGGCAUGCAACACGGCAUGCAACACGGCAUGCAACACGGCAUGCAACACGGCAUGCAACAGGGCAUGCAACAGGGCAUGCAACACGGCAUGCAACACGGCAUGCAACACGGCAUGCAACACGGCAUGCAACACGGCAUGCAACACGGCACGCAACAACAACAGGCACGACAAAGAGCAGGGCUAAUUCGCCCCCUCUAG